CCAGCCAGUUUGCGUCACUGCCUCGCAGAGCAGAGAAGAGCGAGCAGGGGAGAGCGAGACAAGUUUGAAGGGGAGGGCAGGCAGAGUUAGCAGCCCCCGAGGCUCUCCUCUCCCACCGCCCAUCCCUUUCCUCUCUUCUCCCCCAGCCUCUCUCUCUCUGCCCCACCACUUUUCUCCCGAAAACCCCCUAUUUAGCCAAAGGAAGGAGGUAAGGGGAACCCUCUCCCCUCCCCCCUCCAAAGCCCCCCAACUUUUCCAGUCCGGAGAAAGCAGGGGAGCGAGCGGGCACCCGACCGGCCAUGGAGCUGCUGUGCUGCGAGGUGGACCCGGUCCGCAGAGCCGUGCCGGACGCCAACCUGCUGUACGAUGACCGCGUUUUGCAGAACUUGCUCACCAUCGAGGAGCGCUACCUUCCCCAGUGCUCCUACUUCAAAUGCGUGCAGAAGGACAUCCAGCCCUACAUGCGCAGGAUGGUGGCCACCUGGAUGCUGGAGGUCUGUGAGGAACAGAAGUGUGAAGAAGAGGUCUUCCCUUUGGCCAUGAAUUACCUGGACCGCUUCUUGGCUGGGGUCCCAACUCCUAAGACCCAUCUGCAGCUCCUGGGUGCUGUCUGCAUGUUCCUGGCCUCCAAGCUCAAGGAGACCAUCCCUCUGACAGCCGAGAAGCUGUGCAUUUACACCGACAACUCCAUCAAGCCUCAGGAGCUGCUGGAGUGGGAGCUGGUGGUGCUGGGGAAGUUGAAGUGGAACCUGGCAGCUGUCACUCCUCACGACUUCAUCGAGCACAUCCUUCGCAAGCUGCCCCAGCCCAGCGAGAAGUUGUCUCUGAUCCGCAAGCAUGCGCAGACCUUCAUUGCUCUGUGUGCCACCGACUUCAAGUUCGCCAUGUACCCACCAUCGAUGAUUGCAACUGGAAGUGUGGGAGCCGCCAUCUGUGGGCUCCAGCAGGAUGAGGACGUGAGCUCGCUCACUGGUGACGCCCUGGUAGAUCUGCUGGCCAAGAUCACCAACACGGAUGUGGACUGCCUCAAAGCCUGCCAGGAGCAGAUUGAGGUGGUGCUGCUCAACAGCCUGCAGCAGUUCCGUCAGGACCAGGGCGACGGGUCCAAGUCGGAGGAUGAACUGGACCAGGCCAGCACCCCUACAGACGUGCGGGAUAUUGACCUGUGAGCAUGCAGUCGGGCCGAAAGGGAGAGACGUGUUCACAUCUGCGCUCUCCUUCUCUCUGGUUGUGUUUUGUUCUUUAUGUUUUAGGAUGAAACUUAAAAAAAAAAAUUAUGCCCCCGCCUAGAUCAUACUGAAAGAUCUUUUAGAAGUGAGAGAAAAAGGUCCUAUAUAAAUGGAAUUAACUGAAAGCAUUUGGUGCCUAUUUGAAGUACAACAGAAGGGAAUCCCUUGUAUAUGCGAACAGUUAUUGUUUGAUUAUGUUAAAAGUAAUAGUAAAAUGCUUACAGGAGACCCUGCAGAGUAGCUAGAGAAAAUGUAUGCCUGCAAAUAUGGGAACAAAUUAGAAAAGGCUUUUUUUUUCAUGUUAUGAACUAGCACGUACACACCCCUUUUAGGAUAAUUUCAAGGAACUGCGUGUGCCAUUUAUGGCAUCAUUAGGUUGCGAAGCAAUGAACUCAAGAAAGAAUUAGAAAUAAGGGACGCGAUGGGGGAGGGAGGAUAAAACAGUGUGUCCAUGCGGCGAACCAUUUUGGAUGUGGAAGCACCUUUGCUCUUGACCACCUGCUUGUCACUAAGUCAGGAGCAUAGCUGAAUCUCCCGUUGUGGACUCUUGCUGUCUACAGUAGCUGCUACCUAAAAGAGAGGUUUUAUUUAGCCCGUCGGACACAGGUGAUCGGGUCCUGGGUUUCACGUGUCUUUCUGACAUCGUGCUUCUUCUUCCAAACAUGGUUCGUGGCAGACACCACCAUAUUUUUAUCAAAAGGGGCAAUUUUGCUUUGGGCCAUAACCAAAACUCCUAUGAAAUGGAGGCAGAUGGAGACCGAGGGUGGUAUCUGGAAUGGAAUCUUUCAAUGUGUUGAAGAGGGUAAUGUGACCUUGGCAUCCUUUAUUAAAAAAAAAAAAACCCUGAUAUUUGGUGCUGAUUGGCAUGUCU